AAGCUUGCUGCAGCCUCUGCAGCCACUCAAAAUCGCCCUGCUUUCUCGCACACAAUUUGAAGCUUCUACAUGGAACACCUCAACCUAGGGCUCGCAGCCGCAGGAGAAGAAGACAAGCCGCGGUAGACAUCGAGAUCAGCCGUGAGAGAAAAAUCGAGGGGACACGAUACGAGAGCAGGAAGCCAUGGCCUUCCUCCUCCCCAAGCUCACCACGCCGCCCUGCAGAUCGCCGCCGCCCACUCCUCCCAAGUCCCAGCUCGGCCUGCCAAGCCACGGAGCCGGCGGCAGGCUCCACUGCUCCGGCCCGGCGCAGGCCGCCGCGCCGACCCACCUCAACCUCCCGCUCCUCCUCAGCGCCUCGCAGCAAGAGGCCCCCACGGCCAAGUCCGCGGAGACCAGGAGCAGGGCUGCGACCGCCGGCGGCGGCGGCGGGGACCCGCGAAGGUCGGAUUUUUACCUCAACCUUGGGGCGGCGGUGCGCGCGCUGCGGGACGACCUGCCGGCCGUGUUUCUCCGGGAGCCCAACUACGACAUCUACCGCGAAGACAUCACAUUUGUUGAUCCGUUGAACACUUUCCAUGGGAUCGACAACUACAAAACAAUCUUCUGGGCUCUCAGAUUCCACGGUCGUCUACUAUUCAGUGAAAUUGGGCUUGAUGUGUCACGCAUUUGGCAACUAACAGAAACCUCGAUAGUUGUCCGGUGGGAACUGUGGGGCACACCGCGUGUCCCGUGGGAAUCAUAUGGCUGCUUCAGUGGCACAUCCAGGUACAAAGUCGACAGGAACGGGAAAAUUUACGAGCAUAAAGUCGACAACUUGGCAUUGGACUUCCCCCGGCCGGCUGUCAAAGUGGGCAGCAUUACUAACUUAGUAGUUGCUGCAUACCCACCGAGCCCCAAUCCUACUUUCUGGGAUGUGGUUGGGACAGGCGAUGGAUGCUCAUGGACAAAGCUUUACCGAGCGGUGCUGGAGACAGUAGAGCGGGAAGGUGACAUCCCCGCAGGCAUUUGCAUGGAAGGUCUACUCACUUGUUCAUAGAUGGAAUCAACUUCAGGACUAGCUGCUUCGGUAGUGAGUUUUGCUAGAAAAAAUGUAUAGAAUGUGGGUACAUAUUAACCACAUCACUGUCAGUUCUCUGUUUGUAUAAUGUAGCUCAGCACUAGAACAACUUUAGAUCAAAUACAUGGUAGAUGACUAUACCUCAUCAUCCUUGUUGUGUAUUUUAGGAAUUACUGCCACUUGCUUACAUCUUAUGAGAUAUGAAUACAAAAGUUGUAGAUUUUCUCA